AGCGUGCUAGUGUCUCUAUUGUUCGUCGCUAUGGCUAAAUGUCAUCCCAUAUCCUACAACACAUACGACGAAAGAGAAUUGUCACGGGAUCAUCCACCACUCUUACUUCUCGUUGAUCACCGAAUUCCGGAUUUAGAGAAUGAAAUGUUCGACUCGGGAAAUGAUCCAGGAUCAACAGUAGUCCGAACGAAACGUCUUGAAUCAAAACGUAUCGGAUCAUUGUCGAUUGUGAAUUCUAUGGAUGUGUUACGGCAAAGAGUUCUUCUUGAACUUGCUAGACGUAAAGCGUUACAGGAUCAAGCGCAAAUCGACGCCAAUCGUCGUCUUUUGGAGACGAUUGGAAAAAGAUCGUUACCCCUUUAUGGUGGAAAUAUGUCUAAAACCGGCGACUCAAGGCUAAAGAGCGAAUUUGAAUACGUACUCGAGCAACAAGGAAAAAAUCAUGAUCGAAACGUGGCACCGGAAAGAAUUUCCGAAAGAUUGCAAGAUUGGCUUCAUAACGACGAUUCGGCAUUUCGAGAAAGACAGGAUGAUCAAACGCGAAGGGCGCAAACAAAUGAGCUACGUUUACUGUAAUCGACACUCAAGAAGAGCACUCACAAUCAAUUUUCGCUAUAUUACGAUUUUUUAUCUAAAGCUAAUGAAUUGCAUAUAGUUUAUCUAUUAUUCGUCAUAUUCCUCAGGUUAUAUAUAUAUAUAUUAUAUAUAUAUAUAUAUGUAUACAAACAUGUAUCUAUACAUUUUGUGGCGUGCAAAAUUCAUUAUUUAAUACGUAUUUCAUUCAUGAAUUAUAUGCAAAUUAUUCAUGUGUCAAGCGUAAAAUAAAUAUUAGUAUUCGCGCAUGAUAUAUUCGUAGAAAGCAAAAAAUUUAAAAAAUAGAAUGUAACAGUAUUUAUUUUUUCACUUUCGUUUUAAUUUUAAUCGUAACUAGUUUAAUUUUGUAGCAUUCAGAAAGGGAAGAAAGUAGAAAUAAUAAUGAAAAAUAUAAAGUAAUUUUUCUUAUUGAUAUUUGAAAUUUAAUGUUAUAAUUUGAACGUUUUAUCUUUUUCUAUUUCUUCCUUUUCAAUAGCGCAAAAAUAUGUAUAUGAAACAAAACAGUAUUAUGCGUUGUGAUCCCACAAAGUCUGCCCAAUCCAACAAUCUAUAUAGAAGACAUUUUAUAUCCAAUAUUGGAUGUAAUUUAACGUAAAUGUUUUUUCACAUUAGAAUUAAGUUUUACGAACACAAUGAUAGAAAUGUUAUAAACUAUUUUAUUAUAAAUAAUAAUUUAAAAACGUAAAUAUUGUAACUUUUAAUUGAAAUUAACUAUGGAAAAAGAUUAUAAAAUUGUAUUUAUCUAUUGUACAGUAAAGUUUCUUGAAUCAUGCAAUAUUUUGCUAAUAAUUUCAAACUAUUUCCAAAAUAUAAUAGAUCCAAAUAGUUAUAAAUUUAAUGUAAUGCAAUUAUUUAAAUAGAUCAAAUGCUUUGUUCCCGACAAACUUUAAUCAUGAAAGGAAUAAAUGUAAUUAAGAAUUAAUAUUCCAUAUCUUAAAUAUAUAUAUGCAAAUUAUUUUUUAUUAUAUAUUUUAUUUGUGUUAAUAACUUUGUAAUCAGCACGUCUUUUGUUUCUCUUAAUAUCUUCGAAGAAAAUCAAGUAAUGAUCUAAUGAAUUAUAUAUUUUAUUACCAAAGAAAUAUAUUACACGUAUGUAUUUUAAAAAAAUCGGUAAACAGUUCCUUUCAUAAGUACCAUAAAUUAAUAGACAUAAUAUGUUUUCUUCUAUCAAAUUUGUACUUAUGUAAAA